CAUACGCCCAGGUGAUGAAGGUCAACAAACGUAAGUAAACAAACAUAAAUCGCCGAAAUUGUACGCAGCAACCAAUCGUAAUGGUAAACAUUAAUGCACGUGAUCGUUUCUAAGCCAAUGAAACGUUCAGAAAUUCAAAGUCACUGCCACGGAUAUCAUUAUAAAAUGUGGGAACCACUGAUGGGAGACAACUGAUUUAGUUGAUGAUCUAUGUUCCGCGUGCAUGUUAUAAAGAGAAAUGGGACUUUUAGAGACUGGCCAAUCAGAGUGGUUGAUAGAGUUUUGUGAGAACAACAAGUUUUGGGAGUUGAACAGCCAAAACAUUGUGAUUGUGGAUUAUGUAUUAAGAUUUUGAACAUAAAAUUUUGUUCAUAAGAUUUUGUACAAAUGAUUUAAAGUGAAAGGAGUGUAGUGAAUUAUUAUAGCACUUGGGAGUGGAGAACGAGUAAGCAAGUAAUUGACAAGCUUUGUCGUUUUAGGGACAUAUGAGACAUAAUGUACAUGGCAUAAAGAUAUAUCGUAAAUAUAUUGUGUUGUGUUCUUUUGAAAUUGAAAGUAAUAAUCCAUUUUAAAACAAAAUCACUUAUCUCUGUCACCAACUUCAGAAAAAGUGGACAAGGCAGAGGCGGCCGAGAACAUUUACAACAACCAACUGGAAAUGGUCAAUCUGAACGGACAAAAGUCCAGCCCCGGUACCACUGACCAAACGGCCAGCGAUUGGCCUCAAACUGGGACUAACGAAGCAGGGGAUGACAACGUUGUCUACGCCAAUGUAAGUUGCCAGAUGAAAUAUGUUUAAAAACUAGUAUAAGCCUUAUGCUACCCCACAUGGUCUGAUGUAAAUAAUAAUGUAAGUUGCCAGUUCAAUCAAAUUUUAAAAACUUGUAUGCGCCUUUGGCUACACAACUAGUCUUAUGUAAAUUACAAACUAAAUUACGAAGUUAAACACAGACCGAUGUAUAAUUCCUUCAUUUGGAGAGGCACGUGUGUGUAGAAGUUACAAGUAGCAGUAUUGCUUAUGACGUGUGCUACAGAGUUUUGGAUUUUGAUUGUUCUCGUCACUGGAUCCAAAGCUUCUUUUUCCUACGUGAACACAUUUCAUUCUAGGAAAAUAGUUUACUACUAAUACCAUUUUUAAAACAAAAAAUAACUUUGUUAAAACCUGAAUAUCCUUGUUAAAACAUAUUAUAUACACAUUUGUUAAAACAAAAACCCCUUUGUUAAAACCAAAAUACAUUGGUUAAAACCAAAACACCUUUAUUAUAUAACUUUGUUAAAAAACCAAAUAUCAUUUGCUUAAGACCUUAAUAACUUUGUUAAGCCCAAAGUAACUUAUAAAACCCAAAAUACCAUCGUUAAAACAUAAAUACUAUUGCUUAAAUAAUAAAGAAUUUCACAACAGAUAAUGCGUUCAAAAAAAAUUAAUUCGUUAAAAUAUUUCAUAAUGUGUUUUCCAUUGUUCGCGAAUUUAAUAAUGAUAAAAAAACCUGUCUAGCAGAAGAAUAUUUCAAUGUAGUUUGCCUUUUAUGUUCACAUGAUUGACGUUGGCGACAAACGUGAUUAAAUGCAUUUUUAAAAACCAAUAAGUUUCACCAGCAAGGCAUUUUUGUUACAGUUGACUUUCCUGUUCACAGACUAUCCAAAUGUCCAGUCCGGCACUGUCAGAACCGAAAACAUCGCCUGAACCCUCCACGAACGUCGCCAAGGGGAACGAAAAAUCCGCUCGAACGCUGAGUCCCGAGGGACUCGUGUACGUCAGCGUGGAGAUCAGCGCGGGGACCAAAAACCCGGUCAUCAAGGAGCACAAAGAACCGAAAGAACCCCAGG